CCAAGGGUGGGGGGGUGGGAAGCAGAGACUUGCAAGGUGUGUGGGGGGGACAGACCGAGAGACCGACUCCUGUUCAUCGACCUCCUGCAUCCCCCCUUCAUUCCCCCCAUCCCCAUCUCCGAUCCCCUCUUUUGUUUCUCCUUUCUUUCCUCCUCUAGGGCUUUCCCCAUCCCUUGCAGGUGGUGAGAGCAUCCUUUUACCCUCCUUUCCAUCUCCUUGUCAUAUUUUUUGGAGGAAAGAGAAGUGGGGGAGAUCCCACACACAAAAAAUCUCCACCUGACCCUCUUCUCAUCCUUUUUCCUUCCAUCCUUUCCUCUCUCAAAAAACAAACAAUAUUAAGCCAAAGGGGUUGGUUGUAGCAGACCCUUUGCCGCGGUCUCUCUCUCUCUCUCUCUUUCUCUCCCUUCCUCCCCCUCUCUCUCUGCCAACUCCGUCCCCUUUUGCUGCCUCCCUCCUCCUUCCUUCCCCCUCCCUCCCUCGGAAGGGGGCGUGGCCUGCUCGGCGGCGGGCGUGGCCGCGAUGGCUCCCGGGCCGCUGAUUUGACGCCUGCCAGCCUCGGGGGCGGCGCCUCCGCGGGCGGGCCCGGCCCCGCCGUUGCCCCCGAUGCUGAGCUCAGUGUGCGUCUCCUCCUUCCGCGGGCGCAAGUCUGGGAACAAGCCGCCGUCCAAGUCAUGUUUGAAAGGGGAGAUGGGCCGGAACGAGGACAACGACAAGAUCGUCAUCAACGUGGGCGGGAUCCGGCAUGAGACCUACCGCAGCACGCUCAAGACCCUGCCGGGCACGCGGCUCUCCUGGCUCACCGAGCCCGACGCCGCCAGCAACUUCGACUACGACGCCAAGGCCGACGAGUUCUUCUUCGACCGGCACCCGGCCGUCUUCGCCUACGUGCUCAACUACUACCGCACGGGCAAGCUCCACUGCCCGGCCGACGUCUGCGGGCCGCUCUUCGAGGAGGAGCUCGCCUUCUGGGGCAUCGACGAGACCGACGUGGAGGCCUGCUGCUGGAUGAACUACCGCCAGCACCGCGACGCCGAGGAGGCCCUCGACAGCUUCGAGACCCCCGAGAGCCAGGAGGAUGAGGACAGCGGGGACCUCAAGCGCCUCUGCCUCCAGGAGGACGGGCGCUCCCUCGGGUGGUGGGCCGGCAUGCAGCCCAAGGUCUGGGCCCUCUUCGAAGACCCCUACUCCUCCAAGUACGCCCGGUAUGUGGCCUUUGCCUCCCUCUUCUUCAUCCUCAUCUCCAUCACUACCUUCUGCCUGGAGACCCAUGAGGCUUUCAAUCACAUCGUAAACAAAACAGAGAUCUUGCAAACGGGCAAUGUCACCAACACCAAGAUAGACCUCGAGGUGGAAACGGAACCCUUCCUCACCUAUGUGGAAGGGAUGUGUGUAAUCUGGUUCACCUUUGAGUUCUUUAUGCGUGUCCUGUUUUGCCCAGACAAGAUGGAAUUCAUCAAGAGCACCCUCAACAUCAUCGACUUUGUGGCCAUCUUGCCCUUCUACCUAGAGGUUGGCCUCAGUGGCCUCUCAUCCAAAGCGGCCAAGGAUGUGUUGGGCUUCUUGAGGGUGGUCAGGUUUGUCCGGAUCCUAAGGAUCUUCAAGCUCACCAGGCAUUUUGUAGGGCUGAGAGUCCUCGGCCACACUUUGAGGGCCAGUACAAAUGAGUUCUUGCUCCUCAUCAUCUUCUUGGCCCUGGGGGUCUUGAUCUUUGCCACCAUGAUCUACUAUGCUGAGAGGAUUGGGGCUGAUCCAGAUGACAUCACCGGCAGCAAGCAUACGGUCUUCAAGAACAUCCCCAUUGGGUUCUGGUGGGCAGUAGUGACUAUGACGACUUUGGGCUAUGGUGACAUGUAUCCCGAGACUUGGUCAGGCAUGUUGGUGGGAGCCUUGUGCGCCUUGGCCGGUGUGUUGACCAUUGCCAUGCCUGUGCCAGUCAUCGUCAACAACUUUGGCAUGUAUUAUUCCCUGGCUAUGGCCAAGCAGAAACUACCAAAGAAAAAGAACAAGCACAUCCCACGAGCCCCUCAGCCUGGGUCGCCCAAUUACUGCAAGCCGGACAUGCAGUCUCCACAUCGUAGCAACCAGGGUGACUCGUGCCCCCUUGCUCAAGAGGAGAUCAUUGAGAUCAACAGGGCAGAUUCCAAGCAAAACGGUGAUGCUGCAAAUGCAGCAUUGGCUAAUGAGGACUGCCCGACCAUUGACCAGGCCUUGUCACCUGAGGAGAAGUCACCUGUUACACCUGGUGGCCGGGAGCGCUACAACCGUGACCGAGCCUGUUUUCUCCUCUCUACGGGUGACUUCGGACAAUCGCCUGAUGGGAACAUCCGAAAAGAUCACCGGUUCAACCAUGUUGUGUUCCCUGUGUGCUCUCUCAGCUCCAUUAGUUCAUCGUCCUCAAUACAGGCGCCCGUCGCCUGCCGCAGCCAGCAUCAGACUCCUCUGCCACAUCGUGGUACCUGCAUGACUACAAUGCCAACGCGGCCCCCUGGAAGCAUGAGUAGGAUGCCUGGAAUGCAGGGAAAUGCGCUCCCCUCAGGCUAUGAGAAGUCCCACAGCCUGAACAGCAUUGCUGGACUGCGCCCGUCUCCAGUGCCCACUCCCUUCGGCUCGCCUGGUUCCGUCCGACGCCCUCGCUCGCCCAUCCCUUCCAUCCUGUAGAGACACACCAGGGAUGCUUGGGGUUAGCUUGUAUGUUUGUUUCUUUUUUUAAAAAAAAAAACCUCCUAGAAGAAAAAGAAAAAAAAAUAAGGUAAUGCCAAAAAAUAUUAAAAAGCAAAGGGAACAAGAAAACAAACAAAAAAAAUUGCAGCCGAAUGCACUUGAGACGUUGGAAUGCAGCAGGCAUCUCAUAGGUGGUGUUGCACUAAAGUUUGCACUUUUAGGAGUGUCCAUGAGAAUCUUGAAGCCUUCUGUCCCCGUGGCUCUGAGUGUGGAGUCUGCAGUGUGGCUUAACAGCUGAAAGAAGCAGGGAAGGGGAGAGUAAGUUGGAAGACUGGCUUGCUCAGAAAAUCCAAAUACUUCAGAGAGCAAGAGGGGGAGGUCAAUGAGAGAAGACACUUUGGGAAAGGUCCCCAAGGCCCUCCUUGGCUAGGUUGCCUGCAUUUCUCCUCCUCUUUGGCCUCACCAGACUACGCUGUAUUUCUCUAACCCUGGCUUUGUGCUUUAUCUCUUUCCAUUUUACGCUCCUUGUCUCAUCAUCUUACUCAGGACUGUAACGAGCCAUAGAGCUUAGUGAUCCUUUAUUUCCCCCAUCACGUGUCUCUCUCCUUGUCUAUACUCUAUAAUCUGCGUUUGGUUGAUUCAUCUCUCUGGCCUAUCUCUGAUCAGUUUUCUUGCCAACCUUCCUCCGUAAGAAUAUCCAUCCUCUACCCUGUAGCCAUCCAUCCACAUUGUCUGUAUCUCUCUCUCUUACUCUCCUGAUUUGCAUAAAGAGUGAUUCUGGUUCUUUGAACACAUGGACACUCCACGGUCUCUCUGGGGAAAGCCACCCUAUCCACCUGCCUUGGACCUUCUAUCUCUCCUUAGAAUUGUUCUUCUGUUUUGUGCAUGGAUCUUCCAUCAAUCAUAAGCAAUAAGGUCAAGCGCUCCCUUCUGCCUGGAUGCAUGAUAACGACUUUCCUACAAUGUAGAUAUUCUAAGAACAAUCCAGUUCCUACAGAUGAAAGAGCUGAGGGUAGGCACAGAGACCAGUGUGUGUAGGGUUGAGGGAGGGAGAGCAGGAAUUCCAGCAUUCGAUGGAGCCUGAAGGAGAAACCUUAGAGACACAGCCUCCUUCCUCCACCUCCUCCUUGUGACCUUUCUUCUGUUUCGUUCCUUUUUGUUCUUUUUCUGCUCACGACAGAAAAACGACAAUGGAGCAUCCCUCUUUGAGCUGGGUGCUUUCACUGUGAUUUUUUUUCUCCUGUUUCCAUCCGAAGUUGGGAUGGCUUGGCUUUUGAUCUGGUCGCAUAAAUAAAUAAUAAAUAGGAAAAAAAGAAGGGGUAGAAACAAAGAGACUCAACUAUAUAUCAUCAACAAAUGAAACGCAGGAAAUAAAUAAAUAAAUCUAUUUUUCAGCAGAAAAUAAUAAUAAUAUAUGUAACAAUAACAGGAACAGAACUUUUGUCGGCGAUCACGUGGGGAACGAUAUCUCCGCUAAGCUUCUCCUGGAACAGCAGAAUACGGGACAUGCUAUCGAGCAGCUGAGCAUGGGACACGUCCUUUUUUUUUUUCAAAGCGAUGCUGCCGAAACAAAACAAAAGUGCAAGGAAUAGUGCUGCCAAGCUAAACUAUUUAGAGUCUGCAUUUUUCAAGCCAGCAUGUAUUUGCAUGUGAUACUGUAAGCGACAAUAUUUAAUGCUAUAUGCAAAAAACAAAAGGGAAAAAAGACAAAAAAAAUCAACAAGGAAAAAAGAGGUAUAUUUUCCUUCAGAACUUGCAAUCCCCUGUAAUAACAACAACAACAACAAAUCACCCAGUUUAGCCAGUGCCCCCUCCCCUGACCUAUUCCCAUCCCAAAAGGGGGUAAGAAGCACCGCACAUGAUAGGAGCUUGAUGUAUCCUAAAGGGCUUUUUUCCUUCCCUGGGUGUCGGGUGAUGGAUGGCUAUAAAUUGUUGGCAGGGAGAAUUCUCUGCCCUAAGGCAGAAUCCACCAGCCUCUCGUUUUGAAUAAAAGGCUUAUAAAAUUUGAAAAAAUGCAAAGGGAGGAAAAUAGAGUGCAUACCACUGACUUAUUUAGUAAUCUCUAGGGGGAAAAAGAACAGCAAAGGAGGCAUAUCUAACAACACAAUGUAGUUGAGGUUAUGUUAUUCAGAGAGUUGCGUCAAUAGAGUAGAAAAAGCUGGAAAUAGUAUAUCAGAGGUACUGUAUUGCUAUCCUUGUACACAAAGGCAUUAUCUCUAGAUGAAGUCUUUCAGCCUAGGAAUUUUGUUUCAUCAGAGAGGUAUAAAACACAAAAUAGCAUAUCGCCUUUGUCAGUUUUCUCUUCACUGGAGAUUUCCAGUUCCUCAAUACUUCAGCUUCCAAUAAAAAAGAGGGGCAUUUUCUUAGCACUUGCAAAGGGGGAAAUGAAUGUGCCAUUUAGACUGCUAUUUUUAAAAAGGUAGUACAAGUUUGAACAUUUCCACUUAUCCAAGCUUUCAGAAAAGAAAAACACAUUUUGUAGGAGGCUUGGGAACAAGAGUGAAUACCUGGAAGCAUGCUGGUCCUUACAGUUUUAGGAAGGAAUUCUUAAAAUCUCUAUAGUUUACUGAAUCAGAUCUGGGAUUAGACUGAGCUAAUGCUAAAUGUCCUUUGGCAGAAAAUAUAUCUUAUGUGUCAUGUUGGGAAAUGAAGCAAGCAAGCAUUGUGUCUUGAGCUAUAUUGCUGGUCUGGUAGGAAGUCUUUAAAAAUAGUUCUUUAGCACCAUAUUUCAUAAGCAACUGAAGCAAUAGUUAGCCUGUAGUGAAAUGUUGGUCCUAUUGCUGAUUGGCUUUGUGUGUAUGCAGGGAGAACAUACUUAUCCUUGGGGACUGUCACACAAUAGUCAGGUUAGUGCAAAAGCAAGUUAUACAAGGUGGCAAUUGGUUAGCAUUGGUUGAGCAAUCCUUAAACAAUUUCAGUCCCUGUAAAUAUUUAUAUUGUAAAGUCUGUGAACAUAGCUAACACAUCACAUCAGCAUCAGCAUCUGAUUGGCUUCUUAGUAUUACGGAGCGCAGAGCUGGUUAUGUCCAUUGAAAGCCUGACCUUUAAGACCAUAUUACUAAACUCACCAGCAUCAUUAACUGUAUGUCAUUUCCAUGGCGCCAUUGUUGGCUCUCGAGUAGGGCAUUAUGUAGGGCUCCUUAGAACAGUGGUUCUCAAUCUGUAGGUCCCAGGUGUAUUGGCCAACAACUCUCAGAAAUCCCAGCCAGUUAGGAUUUCUGGGAGUUGAAGACCAAAACAUCUGGGGACCCAAAGGUUGAGAACCACUGCCUUAGAAUAUAUAUUUGACUCAAGCUUAUUUCUCAAAGUGUCUGGUUUUGCUUUUGCCAGAUCUACAUCAGCACCCAUGAAGGCCAUGUUAGCCUUCUACUAAUAUAAUAGCAACUUUUGUAUAAAAUGAGGGCCAUUCAAGCAAUUGAUAAUGAAAGGAGGGAAGGAUUAUGGAGAAAAGAGUGGCAGAGUCAAAGACUGCAUUUAGAUUUAGAUAUACCAUACUGAAGGGCAUCCAUAAAAACUGAACUCUAGGACAUUCACAGACAGCCUUCUAGGACUGAUUUUGUUAUUUAAGCAUCACACUUAACUACAGUUGCAUGGCCUGUUCUCUGAAACUUUGUGAGGUUCUUAUGUACACACUAUAUGCCUACUCAAAGUCAAAUGGCAGACAAUGCCAAAGGAAAUCCUUGAAGACCCCACUCAGCUUUCUGUAGAGCACUCACCAGUGUUUCUAGGAUGAAAGAAAUCAUUUUGAGAAGUCUGGUGAGAUUGUUAACGUUAUGAUAAGAGUAGUGAUGCUAGAAAGUCCUCAGGCACAUUCUUAAGUAUUGUGUUUAUUCAUUGUGGUUCUCCCCCUGCAUACACCCUCCUUUAAAUAUUUUGUAAAUGUUACAGCACAUAGAGCAGGCAUGGGCCAACUUGGACCCUCCAGGUGUUUUGGACUUCAACUCCCACAAUUCCUAAUAACGGGCAUGCUGUUUGGAAUUGUGGGAGUUGAAGUCCAAAACACCUGGAGGGCCAAAGUUUGCCCAUGCCUGACGUAGAGUGUUAUUGUGGUUUUGAAUUCUUUUGUGUUCUGUUCCAGUGCUGUCGACCUCCACGGCCUGUGUUUUUUCUUCCCACUGUUUGUAGGCUUCUAAAUGUCACGGGUUCUGAUGCAAAGGUUCAAAGCCACAUGUGAAGAAACCCAAACGAAAUGCACAGGCUUUGUAGCAGUGAAAACCACGAGCCCAUAUUGAGCUCAUGUAGUACUAGGCAGCUUUCUCCCACCUCUUAAAAAAACCCUCUGUCCUUGCAGACAAGGAUGGAUUUUGUGAAUGCUUGCACUCCUAACAAUCAACAACAAUUGAUCAGCAGUUUUAGACUUCAGAUCCCAGAAUCUUCCUACUAGCCUUUGGGUUUUUGAUUUGCCACUGAGUAAAUCCAAUCAGACCAAAAUCAGUUCCAAGAACCUCCAUAGCAAAAAGAUAGAUCAAACCACUAUUAGAUGCAAGCACUAUGUUACCAUCUCAACAAAUGACAUCUUAAAUGUUACACGCAUCCAUGUAUACAGUAAUCCAGUUUCUAUUUUCCAGGAAGUUUGUGAAAAAAAUUCUGGGCAAAUGACAGGAUAACAUUGAUGUUUGUUGAUGUUAAUGUUCAUUGUGAAACUGGUCUCAUCAUUUGGGGUUUUGUUGAUUUUAUUACAUUCAUUAUAUGCUAGCCUCAAGUGGCUGAAUUCAUUAUGGAUAAUCUGUUUUAUCUUUUUUAGUUUACAUAUAAAAUAAUGGGUCUCUUGUCCAGAAAAGAUGGACAUUCUGUUGAAAAUCCAUGACAUUAUACUCUACAUAAAAGUAUUUCAAAUCGGGAUUACAGCCUCAUUUUAUGGCCCCAGGAUUUAAAGAAAUGGAAUAUUCUAGUAUUGCUAAACAUGCUACCUCAAUUUCAACUAUGUAUGAUUGGCUUCACAAUCUGACAUAAGACUUGAAAUAGUUCCAGUUGCACAAUAUUAUUUUUAAAUUUCAUAGGGGGCUUGUUGCCGCAAUACUAGCAAAUUCCAACAGUAGCCAUGUAAAACUUAGUUUUGUUGAGGUUAUAAACACAUCUUAUCAUUUCAGGCUGGUGCUGGCAGCUUUUCUGAUAUACUUUUAAAGAUGUCAAAGUCUCCUUGGCAUAAAAAGCUAGCAGGAGAAGGGUUCUAGUGAAUCAAUUUCCUUGACAAACUAGUUUUCUCUGUGUAAAGAUUUUAAAGUGUUGUUGAAGGCUUUCAUGGCCGGAAUCACUGGGUUGCUGUGAGUUUUCCAGGCUGUGAGGCAGUGUUCCAGAAGCAUUCUCAGAUAUCCCAGAGGUUGUGAGGACUGUUGGAAACUAUGCAAGUGAGGUUUAUAUACCUGUGGACUGUCCAGGAUGGGAAAAAGAACUCUUGUCUGCUGGAAGCAGGUGUUAAUGUUGCAAUUGGCCACUUUGAUUAGCAUUGAAUGGUCUUGCAGCUUCAAAGACUGGCUGCAAACGAAAGAUCAGGAAAGCACAUCCAGUGUUCUUCCGACUUCCCCUCCAUUCUGCAGAGACACAAUGUUGUCUCUCAACAACAGAAUUGUUCUUAACAGAUGGUCAUUCAUUUGUUUAUGUGCCUCCUGCUGUCUGGAAUAGUAAAACCACAGUAUGAAUGAGAUGUCAGAACAUUUUACUAAGGUUGGGAUUCAAAUAACCAUGGAUCCCAAUGAAUUUUAAAUCUAAAAAUCCUACACUCCUGGAUCACAGUGAUAAUCACUUCAAAUAAAAUAAAUAAACAAAUAAAUAAAUCACUUUAAAGAAGGGAUACUGCUGACUUGCAUCUCUUAAAGAGACCUGCUAUAAAAUUCUGUCCAGAGAUUGGAAAUUUUAUUUUUGUACCACAACAUCCAGAAUACUUCCAUCAUCCUGGUCAGUGACUGUGCUGGCUUGUGGUAUCUUCCUAACUCAAUAUCUGUUACACCAAUGUAUCCAUAUAGAAGGAAGAUAUAAAGAUUCCAUAUAGAUGUUUUGCUUCUACGUUGUCUUCAGUUUUUACCCAUCAAGAAACUGAAUUUGACCCUGAUAUAUCUUAUUCUUUUGCUUUUCCUUCUUUUUGAACUCGAAAGAAAGCAUGCACAUACACAGGAGCAUCUUGACAGAGGCAGUCUUAGUCGUGGAUCUGGGUAUUUUGGAUCCUGAGUUUUGGAUUGCUCCUUCCGUGGAUGUACAUACAAUAGCCUAUGAGGCUAUUGCCGUUUCAUUCCAAAACACACUCAUCCACCCAAAUUCCUCACUGAGCAUUUUGCUUUCCGUAAGAGGUUUUCUGCACACUUAACAAAAAAACACACAUUAAUACCCUGCUACUCCUAGUGGAAACUCAUCCGCCUCACAUACUAUGCAAGUGUUUCACCAUUUCAGUGGAGGCAUAUAUGUAUUUCCCACUCCUCCUCUGUGAAUCCCAACCUCAGCUCCACCUCUCUCUUCCCCAAAAAGAUAGAAGCUUUUUAUGCAACAAUUCCUAUGCAAAAUAAUAAUAAAACAAAACAAAUGGCUGGCUGGAUUCAAAAGGGUGAUUGGGAUCCCUUUCCCCAGUGAAAUUGGGGAUGAGGUUGAUUCAUGCAAGCUCCUAUAUUGAAACAAAACAAACCGUUGCGGUGCAUUCUCCUCCUACCCACUUCUGGGCUGGGAAAAUGGGGGCAGUUGUUAAGUCAGUCAUAUUGACUGAGAUUUCUCUUUGAAGGACACACAGAGUCCCAUGUUAAAUUAAUUGAAUGUCCAGGUGUGUAGCUGAGAUGUAGGGGGUGUGGAGGCAUUCAAGUGAAGGUGUGCCGUUUCUAAGGCGACAUUUUUGGGGGGGAGUUAUUGGAGGAAAAGGCCAACUGAUUUCAGGCUGGGCUCAUUCUAUGUAAACACAGAUUGGGCUUUGUACUGUUCAAGUGUGUGCCCUGUCAAUAUGCCCGUUUGCCCUUUGGUUUUGUCUUGACCCUCCAGAACAAAAAUGCCAAGAGACAAGACACUCUGCUUGCUAAACCACAGGCAUUUCCGCAUCAACUGGCCUCCUCUACGCAUCAUGAUGACCAUACAAAUUUCCUAUGAAUGGCUCCCCACACCCACUUUAAAGGUUAUAUGCAGGAAGGGCAUGGGACCAGGUAAUCUUGGGACUUCUGCUGUGUUGCCAUUCUGCACUUUAAAUCCUGCCCCCAUUCCCACCCAUUUGUCAGGGUUUAAUGGGCAAUUUCCCUUUCUCAGCAUUGUCUGUGUCUGCUGUGAUCGCUUUCCUUUGUACAGCUUCAUUUGGUUGGUUUGUUAGAGCCGAUCAACACGUAUCAGUGUGGUGCAAUUGUGUGGUACCACUCCUGGGGACUAUACUACUUCCGAAUGCAGGGUUUUUUUCUUUCUUGUGAUUGUGAGAGGAAGUUUGCACAGGCUUGUAAAUAGCCACUCACUCACCUGGGAUAGAUAAAAUUAUCCCAUGGAGAGCAGGCAGGGAAAUUUUGUAAAUUGGAUUAGAAUAGAUUCUUGGAUUUUUUUUCCAGGCUGUAGAUAGCUUCCAUUAGUAAUAUGCAUGAGCAUGACUGCGAGUUACAUUACUUGCGGGUUAACCUUUUUUUUGGACAUAGUUUGCAUACACAAAUGCACUGCAAUAUCAAAAAGCAUAUCCCUGGAGAAAACUAGCAUAUCAGGUAGGUUAGUGUAUAACUCUUGACAUGGUAGCUUUCCAUAGAUUGGUGGGAUCUUUUCAAACGUGAAGUGUAUUCAGUCCGACAAUCUGAAAUGUUACAGUUAGGAUGGCCUGCAUUCAGAAAAGGUACAGUCCCAGGGGAGGUAUACCACAUGCUUUUUGCGGCUAUGUAAUCUGGCUCUGAAUACAGAGAUUGAGUUGGUGCAUCUCUUUUCAACUGUAUCACGACUUUGCUUCGAAAUAUUGUCACUUGAUUUCUAUGUCCUUUGUUCGCUCUUCUUUAGGGAUAUUUUCUUCCCUGCCUAGAUGAAGAAAUCUAAUUUUUCCAUGAAAAAUGAUGAUAGCAACUUGAGUGUUGCUUUGCCUUCAUGUGCUAUUAUUAGAAAUCUUUCUUUUUUGAAAUUUAUGGAGAAAUGGUUUGAACUUUACAUGACAACAAAUUAAUGUUUAUCUUUUAAGACUGCUUGGGUUUCUUUUAUUACGAUAUGAACAUGUUUGGUUGCUCAAUCAAUGUUGUGCAAUAUGGGUUGGCUUGCCAAAGAAAGAAAGGAAAGGAAAGAAAAUACGUUAUUUUUAGCCAAUGGUUUAUUUCCAUUUCAGUUGCCAAAAAUGAAACCAAGAAUGUCUUUUUAAGAAAUAGUUCUAGGACUUGGGGAAAAUUAAUAAAACGACCCUUUAAAAAAACAACAGGAAAUUUGGGGAAUUGCUAAAUAGAACUGAUCGCUCCCAUAGAGAUCUAAUUUUUCUUUCAAAAUUAAUUAUCAAUAACAUCUUUCAGAUUGUUGACCUAUUUGACUCUGUCAAGUAAUUCAGAUUCAGUCUCUCUGGUGAUCUGAAGCACAUUUCCUGUAAUUUUCAGGAAUAAAAUAAUUGAUUAAAAAUAAUCCAUUUUGGGACUGGAUGGCCCUUGUGGUCUCUUCCAGCUUUGUGAUUCUAUGAUUCCAUGUUAAUUUUCCCAUUUUCAGCCUGUAAGGGACCAAGAAUGUUGUUUCCAUUGCCAAUAUUUAUGAUACUCUCAUAAAUGUGAGGGUUGAAUAUUGGAAAAUUUGAAGAAUGUUCUGUUUCAUAUUGGUUUUGAUCCAAGCUUAAUGUAGACUAUUACAGAAUUCCCUAGGAGUUCAGGAGGAGCAUUGGUAGAAAUCAACCUAGAGUUGAUUUACAUCAAUAUGGGGUAGUAUCACAAUCCCUAGCUCACAGUGUCCAGCUCAACAAAGAUUGUGGGGAUAAUGGUGUCUUGAAAGAGCAGUGAGUGCUUCAGUUGUGUAUCCCAGUAUUUAACUGGGUUUGUGUGUCUGUGCAUGCAAAUGUGUGCACAUAUAGAAGUAUGUUUGUAGUAGUUGUCAGCUGAACAUUAUUUCCGUGUGAUUACUCACAAGGCUUUGUAAGGGCUCGCCAGUGUAUAUAGACUGAUAAAUUGUUUUCAGUUCCAGGAAACACAGCUCCACAGCAUCUUCUUUUCUUUGUGAUUUGAGCACAAAUAUAUGUACUCAAGCAAGCAGGAAAGGUACAAUUGCAAGGCUAAUUCAGCAAGACUUGAAUGUGUGCACACAGAGUGUUAAAAGUGCUCUGGAAAGUAAGCCAGCCUCUGCUUUACAUGUAUAACUGAUUUAAAAACCCUUAUGGGAAAAACACAACUUUGAGGCAAGUGGUGGGCAACCUACACAUAUUCAGGAGCUGUUUUUCACCAGUCAAUAGGAAAGCCAGUUUGUGUUUUGUUUUGUUUUUUUAUGUCAGGAGUAACUUGAGAAAGUGCAAGUUGCUUCUGGUGUGCGAGAAUUGGCCAUCUGCAAGGACGUUGCCCAGGGGAGAGCCAGAUGUUUUACCAUCCUGUGGCAGGCUUCUCUCGUGUUCCCACUUGAAAAGUUAGAGCUGACAGAUGGGAGCUCACCCUGCUCCCUGGAUUCGAACCACUGACCUUUUGGUCAGCAGUCCUGCCGGCAUACGAGUAUAACCCACUGUGCCACUGGGUGCUCCUAACUAGGAUGCUGGGAAACUAGAGUUUGUAUCCAUACUUGACAAUAGAAAAAAAUAUAGGGUGACCUUAGUUAAGUCAUGCUCUCUCAGCAUGACUUAUCCUAAUAAAUUCUGUUGAGAAAACAGUUGUGAUAGGAUCACUUUAGGGUUGGCGCAAGUCUGAAAUGACUUGAAAGCAUACAAUGAGAACAAUCUGCAUGGUGAAAAAUACACUUCCAGGCAUGGCGUUGUAGAUGAGGAGCAAGUUCUGUAGCUAAAUCGCAGUGGUAGCAUGGUAAGGCUCAAAACACUCCUGAACUUGGGCGUGAUAUUAUUCACCUUUUUUGGCAUACUGACAAACAAUGCUAGAAUUUUAGGUCGGUCAGUGUCCAUCUGUUAGACGGGAUAGUAUUGUGGGUUCUCUCUCUCACGUACACACAAAAAAUCUACUAAACCAAUCCAAUCCCAGCUGUGUUAUUAAUCUGUUGUAGGGAUUUGUUUUACUUUAGGGAACUAUGAGAAAUGGCACACCUUGACUAAACAAACACAGACCAUUCUGCCACCCCAUUCUUUGUUAUCCUCUUGUUCUGCAGCACAGGUAAGCCAGAGCCUUGCACAUUCAUAUGUUUUGCUGAGUAUGAUGCAGUUGUAAAUUCACUGUGAGUUUAGAGUGCUUCUCAUUGUUAGUCAAAGGGUAGGUAGAGCACAAGGGUGUGCACUGUGUCUGUCUCAGCGUAAAUCGUAAGUUACUGUAAGAAAAGAAAAAAAAUUGUGAAAAUAUGGUGAUGAACUAAUACACCAAGCCAAAUGUCUACUUGAGACCACAUUCAAAAACUGUAGCCAGAGGUGAAUUUUCUGGGCUAUAUGGCCAUGUUCCAGAAGCAUUCUCUCAUGACAUUUCACCUUCAUCUACAGCAGGCAUCCUCAGAGGUUGUGAGGUCUGUUGGAAAUUAGCAAAAUGGGGUUAGCCAGAAUCAGUCCUUGUAAGGUUGAAGCAUAAAGCUUGCUGCGAAAUGACUAUUGUAAUUACUCUUUUAAGUCUCUACAUUGGAUCCUAUCUAAGUCUUGAAGACACAAACUAGGUUAUCUUUUAGUGAAAGUCUAGACUACCUUUAUAUAAUGCUUUAAAAUAAAACGGAAACACCAAGUCUUCUCUCUUCACCAAGCAGACUGGACAAAACUUUCAAUUUUUAACCCAGUGGAAAAUAUUGCCCUAAUAGUAAACUCAACCAGAAAUGCAAGCUGUUCUGAUGAAAGGGCACGUUUGAUGUUUAUGAAAUCCUUUGGUCCCAUCACACAAAGAAGCCUUGCAUUUGGGUGCAAUAUAUUUGUGAUUACCUUGAGCGUAUCUGCUACAAGACAUCUCUCCCACCUUUGCUAAGCUGGAUACCUGUUUCUAGGUGCAUCCCCAAUCUGGGUUGUGGGAGGGGGGAUAUUGUCAGGAAUAACCCACAUUCAUCCUGGAGGGAUGGGGGACUGGGUGCCCCAUCCUCUUGCAGGUGUUUGGGGUGAUCUUAGGCCUUAGAAAGGGGAAGUAGGAAAAAAGACAGCAAGUGCCCAAUAGAAACUCCAGCACUCAAAAACUUUAAGCAGUGUUUCUCCCUGAUAUUGUAUGAAAUUAGAAGCAAGAGUAGUGAAAAGAGGAAAGACGGGUGAUUUUAGACUCAGGAAAGCUUGGGAGUGGGGGCGGGAUGGACAUGGGAUUUUGCCCUAUGGUUGGUGCAAGGAUGUGCUGUACUAUGGGGGAAAAGACUCCUUAAGUUUGCCAAAAGGUGAUAAUGGGGGUGGGCUCAGGGAUGGUGGGGGAGGGACACAGAGCUAUUUUUUCAAGCAGAUGUAUUAUAAUUAUAAUAAUAAAGUUUAGAAAGUGA